UAUAAAAUCCACCACUCUGCGGCGUGGGCCUUUGUUCAUCCUGAGAGCUUCUAUAGACCAGGAAGUCCCGCGGUACAAAAGCAAGAAAGAACAACACCUCGAACUCAUAAACGUGAACCAAAUAUACAAACCUAUUAAGAACCUGUUUUAUCAGUUGUGAAUCCUACCAACAAAAUGUAUACGUAUCUUCUACUUUUGGCCCUAGUCACCAUCUUUGGAGGACAAGCCGCAAGGGGAGAGGCUACAAAUAAAACCUCCAAUGCCACCACGGAUGACGGCCCUAGCAACCUCUUUAACCCUUACAACCCAUCCCAACAAUAUCCGGGUGCCGGCUACUACCCGGGUGCCGGGCAACACCCGGGUGCUGGACCCUCUCCGGAUUCCAGUUUCCCUAUCCUCAACAAAACCCACACACCCACCACACGACAACCACCACCCACUCUCACAAUGCUCCCCAUCAUAGUGUCCAAGGUUCCUCCCAGCCUCAAUUUCCGUUUCCUUUGCCCCCGCAUAGCCACCACAGCUACCCAAAUCACUUCGCCACCUACCAACCAGGCUCAAGUAACCAAGGUAACCAUGGCUCCCAAGGGCACACUUCACCUUUCCCAUUCCCUUUCCCUUUCCCCUUCCAAAAACAACAACAACAGCAGCCACAUUUCCCACCCACCCACAACCAAUACCCUUAUUACUCCCAAUACCCCCACUACCCACACUAUCCCCAAUACUAUUAUCCCCAUUAUCCCUAUUAUCACCACUACCCAUACUACCCCUACUAUCAUCACUACCCUUAUAACCAGCACUACUAAACAAACCCUCACCCUCAAAACCCCUUUUUUCCUCCCCCAUCCCACCCCUCUACUGACCUCCUAGUAAACACCCCCUACGCUACCCAACACCACCUUCUCCCUUCUGUCUCUUUUUUUUUUUUUUAGCUCCUCUCCAUUCUAGACCUCCGGGGGGGGGGCCUCGGCCCCUCGCCCCCUCCUAAGCAGAUCCUUGCCACUUCUCCUGUGCCAGGAUCACUCCUGCCUCCAUCAUGCCACUGCCUCUACCAUCAUGGCAGCCAGCAGCAGCAGCAGCAGCAGCAGCAGCAGUAGUAGUAGACAUUCGUACCGCUCCCUUUAUUUUCUGACCUUCCUCCACCCCACCCCCUCCACCUACCACCCAAACCAAUCUUUAUUACCUAAACCACCCGACCCCUGACCCCUGACCUCUGUGCCCUCUACCCUAUUGACCUCUUCCUUAAACCAAACUUACCAAGUAGACCAAUAUGAUGCAAUUCCACCAUGUAGACUAACAGAACUAUGAACCUUGUACUUAGUUCGUGUUACCAUUACUUUCGUCCCAUCUUACCAGUUCUACACAGUCGGUUUGAAACAGAGCUACCAUCUUAUGCAGCGAACGACGUUGGACGAAAUUAUUUUUUCAAAGCUUUCGACGCAGAAGAAAUAAAAAAGAAAAAGGCAAAAAGAAAACGGAAAAAAAAACAAC